CUUUCUCCGUAUAAAAGGACGACAAAUCUGGACCAGAAAACAGUCAUUUUACAGACAACCAACUCAGCUUAAAUAUAUUACCGUUUUCCCGACUACAUCAUGCAACUAGGAAAUAUUGCUUUGACGUUGUGGCUGCUUUGUGGCGUUACACGGGUCCAACUUGCCAUUGGAUCUGAUAACAUAACAAGUCUAACCCCUGAUGAGAUUGGAAUCCUUAGAUCGUAUAUGGAGGUGCGGAUUGAUACUACCUGGUCGACCUCCCUUCAUCCCAACGUACCCCAAAUGUGCGUAAAUUGCUGGUCAGGCAGUCACGAUAGAGACAGGAGUGGGUGCUACAACGGUAACUCUGGGACGCAUUAUUUGCGGUGGGAUUUCAAUGCAGGAGCGACGACUAAAUUUUGGUGUGAAGCACGAUGGGGUACGACAGCUUAUAUAUCUACGUUUCCCGUUUUUGGAGAUGGCGUUCCUAAAAAGAGCUCCACAUGGAGGGUCAACUACCUUGAGAAAAUAAGACUAUUCGAAGACGGCAAAGUAAAAAACGACUACAGAGGUUCAUGGCUAGGCACGAAACCAAGACCUCCAGUAACUACUACCACCGCUAGGCCAACCACUACUAGAACAACCACCAGGCCCACGACAACUACAAGACCAACCACGACAACUACCAGGCGCACCACGACAACUACAAGACCAACCACGACAACUACAAGACCAACCACGACAACUACCAGGCCCACCACGACAACUACAAGACCAACCACGACAACUACCAGGCCCACCACGACAACUACAAGACCAACCACGACAACUACAAGACCAACCACGACAACUACCAGGCUCACCACGACCACUACAAGACCAACCACGACCACUACAAGACUAACCACGACAACUACAAGACCAACCACGACAACUACCAGGCCCACCACGACAACUACAAGACCAACCACGACAACUACAAGACCAACCACGACAACUACAAGACCAACCACGACAACUACCAGGCCCACCACGACAACUACAAGACCAACCACGACAACUACAAGACCAACCACGACAACUACCAGGCCCACCACGACAACUACAAGACCAACCACGACAACUACCAUGCCCACCUCGACAAACUCAACAUCUUCCACAACAACUUCACCAUCAAAACAAACAGAUAUAGAAACCUCCCAGACAGUAACUCCCACGGGGCACACCGAGCCUACUGGUCCAAGUGAGACCACGUCAUCCCCACUCGAUCGCACAACAAAAGGCAACUCAAUUGGAAACAACUAUUACUUCAAUUUCAUUUAUAACAUUAUUUCCAACUCUUUCAACAGAAACAACUCCAAUGGUUCCAACAAUUUAAAUUAUGAGCCAAGAAAUGUCAGUAAUAACAAUAAUGGUCUACAAUAAAACAAUUUGUAUACAUGUA